AUGGUUGACGUGAAUAAGGUGGUGGAUAAAAUCGGAUGCUGGCAUGUCCCCGUUUUCCUCUUGAUCAUACUGCGCUCGUGGCCUCUGAACUUCCACAUUCUCCUCCUAUCGUUCGCCGCUCCGUCGAGACAAGAUCACUGGUGCGCGAGACCAGAGAAUUUCACGGAAAUCUACUCGACGCAAGAGUGGAAGGAUCUGGCGAUCCCGGUAGUCAAUGGUAAAUAUAGCAGAUGCUUGGUGAGGAAAUUCGAGGAGUUCGAAGGGAAAAUCAACUUCCUCAAUGAGACUCAGAAGUGUUCGAGCUGGGAAUUCGACACCACUUACUAUGACUGGACCCUGGUUCGCGAGUUUGAGAUGGUGUGCGACAGAAGUUGGUACGUGUCGGCGUCCCAGUCAGCUUUCAUGGCGGGAAUUAUGGUCGGAAACGUGAUUUUCGCGAAGAUCGCAGACAGAUAUGGGCGCCGGAAAUCGGUUUUGUGGUCCACUCUGUUGAUUCUCGUCUCCGGUACCGUGACGGUUUUCUGUAGAGACUACUGGUCGUUCAACGUUGCUCGUUUUGCGACCUCUAUCGCUUGUGGCGCCUAUCAAUGCACCGUCAUAUCCAUAAUGAUGGAAUCCUUGUCGGCCAACAAAAGAAUGUGGGCCAUGUUAUCUUCUCUUGGUUGGACUUCGGGGAGUCUGAUCCUGCCCUGGACAGCCUACUUCCUACCGAACUGGAACCACCAACAAAUGCUGUAUGCAGCUUCUGCAAUCCCUUGCCUUGUCGUCUGGUACUUCUUACCAGAAUCACCUCGAUGGCUGCUCGCGAGUGGUCGCGUGGACAAGGCCGAAAAGUCCAUGGCCGAUGUGAUUCGGAAGAACAAAGUCAAGGAUAUUGACCUGGAUACGAUGUUCGCCGAUUAUCGCCAGCAAUUAGGGCUCGAAAAAGGCUCAAAGAUCGACCCAGGGAGCAUUUCGAACCCGACCUAUGGAGAUCUUUUCCGGGGCCCGAAGAUGCGGUUUCGUACCUUCUGCAUCCUCAUCAUGUACUUCGCGAAUCGUCUGUUGAUGUUCCACUUGACAUUUUUCUCCGCUCGAAUGGGCGGGAACCCCUUUUGGGGCUUCACUCUGGUCACCAUACUGACGACUCCUGCCGAUGUCCUCACUGUGUUCUUCAUCCGUUACGUGAAGAGACGGCCGUCGAUGUUCGCCUCCUUCGUGGGCACCGGGGUCUUCAUCGUUGCCCUUUUACCCUUCGGUGAAGAGAGUUUUAUGGCCCGCGUGAUACUUUGUACUCUCGCCAAAAUCUUGAACACAAUGGGGGCGUCUAUCUUGGGAGUUUUUGCGAGUGAAUCUUUCCCGACCGUCGUCCGGGCCAUGGGUAUCGGUAGCGCCUACACUGCGUCUCGUAUCGGGGCAAUGUUCUCGCCGUUUUUCAAGGAAUUGACGGACUUCGCUGGGCAAGGUGCUUCUGCUGGUCUCUCGGCGAGCAUCGCGAUCCUAGGCGCGAUAUCAGCCCUGAAUCUACCGGAAACGUUGAACAAGAUGCUGCCGGACGCCUUAGCGGACGUAGACCCUGAAGUUUACGCUCCCGUUAAGGGCAUCAUCAAAGAACGGGAUCAGAGCAGAGGUCAGGAGGAGGCGAUUUAGGUUUAACAAAUUAGCGUCCGGGUUCACUGUUAUGUUGCUCCACGAGAACCAUAUAAAUAUCGAGGU